CAAAACCGACACUUUCGUUGUUGUGAUAGUGUGUUCUGAAAGAUGAGUCUUCAAGCAGCGUUCUUGUGAUCUCUGUCUGCACAUUCUCUGACACUAUGAAAAGUCUUAGAUUGUAUUCUUCUUCUUCUUCAACCUGUCUCAUUCUUCUCCUUCUUAUAUUCUCCUUCUCGGUGAGCUCAAAUACUACUGUUGAUAGAGAGAAAUUUGACUCUCUCUUACAGCUCCCCCAUUCCGGGUCAACCAGAACCCGACUCAGAUCCAAGAGGGUUCUCUUUCUUGGUGCUUUUGGUGCCAAAGGAGAUGGCAUCACUGAUGAUUCUAAGGCUUUCCAAAAUGCUUGGGAGGUUGCUUGUUCUAUUCCCACACGGACAAGAAUUCUAAUUCCCUCCGGAAGGACUUACCUUAUCCAUCCUGUUGAUAUUGCUGGACCUUGUCGAUCAAAGGUCACUUUAAUGAUAUCUGGGACCAUCAUUGCUCCCAUCAGUCCUGAUGCUUGGAUUGGUUUGAAUGCACGCAAGUGGAUUUAUUUCCAUGGUGUGAACCACCUCACCGUAGAAGGAGGAGGAACAGUUGAUGGGAUGGGACAGGAAUGGUGGGCUCGUUCUUGCAAGUCCAACUCAACAAAUCCAUGUCGACAUGCUCCAACGGCCAUUACAUUCCAUAGGUGCAAGAACUUGAAGGUCAGAAAUCUUAUGAUUGUCAAUAGUCAAAAAAUGCACAUGCAAUUCACCAACUGUAUGCGGGUAGUUGCGUCUCAUCUUCAAGUGAUUGCACCUGCCACUAGUCCCAAUACUGAUGGAAUCCACAUUAGUGUCUCAAAGGGUGUUCAGGUCAAGGAUAGCAUAAUAAGAACAGGAGAUGACUGCAUUUCUAUAGUUAGCAAUUCUUCACGCAUCCAGAUUGUGAAUAUCGUUUGCGGCCCUGGUCAUGGCAUCAGCAUUGGAAGCUUGGGUAAAUCAAACUCUUGGUCCCAAGUGCGUGAUGUAAUUAUUGAUACAGCACUCCUCUCUAACACUGAGAAUGGGGUGAGGAUCAAAACAUGGCAGGGAGGUAGUGGUUUUGCCUCUAACAUUGCAUUUCGCAAUGUGGUCAUGGACAACGUAUCAAAUCCAAUUAUAAUUGAUCAAUAUUAUUGUGACUCCCAGUUGCCUUGUUUAAAUCAGACUUUGGCAGUCAAAGUUGAGAAUAUAUCCUUUACGCACAUUAAAGGGACUUCUGCUACAGAGGAAGCAAUAAGAUUUGCAUGUAGUGAUGAUUCUCAAUGUGAAGGUUUAUAUUUAGAAGAUGUUCAACUUCUACCAUCUACUGGUGAAAUAGCAAGAUCAUUUUGUUGGGAAGCUCAAGGCUCAAGUUUGGGUACAGUUGAUCCACCUGCAUGCUUUUCUGAUAGUGAAGAAUUAGUUAAACAAAAAGUCCUCUUACACCCUGUAAGUUUGGUAUAUGGAGGAAAGGCGACCCUAUAGUUUUUUGUAACUUUGUUGUUGUUGGUAUAUAGACCUAUAGAUCAGAGGUGGUUUGUCUAUAUACCACAGAUAGGUUUUCCACAAAUGACAAUGACACUGUACCAAAAAAGAAAAAAAUAAGUCUUGAAAUAGGGCUUCUUUUCUGUACAUUUUAGAGGUAGAACUGAUCACUCCAAAUUUAUUUUGUAUAUGAUUCUGAAAAUAAAAAUAUAUACAUUACAAUUCACUAA